AUGGAAAUGGAAGAAAUUUCCUUCAAAGGAUACCCCUACACCUGGUCAAAUAACAGGACUGGGACGAACUUUGUUGAGGAGAGACUAGAUCUAUUUUUUGUUUCUCUGGUCUGGGCCUCCAAAUAUCCAAGAUCUCAGUCCUUACGCAUCCCCGUAGUGUCCUCUGAUGAUUGUAUGAUUUUCCUGGAUACUAACUGUGAGAUGGAUAAGGGCAAAAUCAGGUUAUACUUUGAUUUUUGGUUGGUUAAGAAGGAUGGUUUCUCUCAGAUAGUUGCUCAUGCUUGGAACAUCGGUUGCUUCAGUUAUGACUUAUAUAGUAUUCAGGGAAGGCUGAGAAAUGUUCGAUUGGCUCUGUUAAAGUGGAAGAAGGUGAAUGAAAGCAACUCCAGGAAAGUUGUCUCUCUCCAUAAGGAGCAACUUAAUUCUAUGGCUCUCCUGGAGAAUGCCGACCCGACCAUUGUAGAUCUGCAACCACUGGACGGCAGGAGAAAGCGCGACAUUGGGAUAGGUGUCCAACGGCCAGGGGAGAAAGCCGACAAAGAUCGGUCGCCACUGAGGAAGGCUAAAAAUGGAAAGAUUGCUGAGUAG